UUGUCACCCAAAAAAAAAAAUCCCUAACUUUUUUAGUGUUAGCUCAAGUAUUGAUCUUUACAACACCAUGAUGAAGAAUUUCAAAGGCCUUUUCACAUCAACCUUUCUUGAUAGAGAGAUGUAGACUAUCCUUGUUGAUAUGCAAAGAGUCUUAUAAAGGCUGCAGCAACACAGCCAUCUCCUGCUUUACUGGAGAUUUUGACAAAGAAAGCUCUCUUCUUUAUUGAAAUGGAAAUGGAGGAAUCCAGCUUCAUAGACCAGUGGCCCAUGAACUCCAUUGAUGAUCCAAGCUUACCAUCACUAGUUGCUGCAUUUGGAGAGAACAUGCAUCAUUCUUUCAACCUCAAAAACUCCAUGGAAGCUGCUUCUCCUAACACUCUAGCCAUUGUUAGACCCUCAAAGCAACUGAAACCAAAUGGCUUCAAUUCAAGCAAAACUACAGAUUACAAUCUGCAAAAUCCAGAAGCUGCUUUUUCUCCAAACGUUCUUUAUUUUGCCAAUUCCACCAACCCAUAUCAAAUGGGUUUUGUGAAGCCUAAAGAGGAGGCAGUCUGUUCUAGAAACUUCGAUGCCUUCACUUCUGAUAUGCUGGUUUCUCCAGAGAACCAAAACUUUAUGUUCAAAGCAUGCCAAGGAGCUCAGAGAUUCAGCAGCAAUAAUAGUAGUAGACAUUCUCAAACACAGGAUCAUACGAUAGCAGAAAGGAAGAGAAGAGAGAAGCUGAGCCAGAGAUUCAUAGCUUUGUCUGCUAUAGUUCCUGGCCUCAAGAAGAUGGAUAAAGCUUCUGUUCUUGGGGAUGCUAUCAAGUACUUGAAACAAUUGCAAGAGAGAGUGAAAACACUAGAGGAAGAAACAAAGGAAAAAAUCAUUGAAUCUGUAGUCAUUGUGAAGAAAUCUCAUUUGCUCUUUUGUGAGGAUGAAAGUUCUUUCUCAGAUGAGAGUUUGUCCAAAGUCUUUGUCAAUAAGCCUUUGCCUGAAAUUGAAGCAAGAAUCUGUGACAAACAAGUGCUUAUAAGAAUUCACUGUGAGAAAAAGAAAGGAGUUUUGAAGAAAACUGUGGCAGAAAUUGAGAAACUUCACCUUACAGUGGUUAAUAGCAGUGUUCUUACAUUUGGAAGUUUUGCUCUUGACGUCACUAUCAUUGCUCAGAUGGAAGAUGAAUUUGGCAUGUCAGUGAAAGAUCUUGUGAAGAAUCUACACUCAUCUUUCAAGCUGUUCAUGUGAAGAGUUCCCAAGUUUUUUCAGUUCUUACAAUGUGCAAGAAUGCAAGAAUCUCCUUUUAUGCUUCUGUUGGAAAAAGUCUAGGAAUAAUCCUUCUAUAUAGAGACAAAUCAGUCCAAAGCUAUCUAUCUUUACAGGGUUUUUUCAGACAAGGCCUGGAGUGCUCCACCAUUUUAGAUCAUUUACUUGUAAGCCUGUUUUGCUGUGAGGUUCAUUUUCAGGAGGGUUUUUUUUUUUUUUCCAAAUUUUCUGAUCAUUUUUGCAUGGUUAGAACUGAAUACCCACCUGUUUUAGAAGGGUCUUACAGCUUGUUUGGGCUUUUUUUUUCUAGUGAGAUGUUGAAAGUCAGCUGAACAUGUUAGGUGCCUUUCCUACCUAAGGUUGUUGAACAGGAAAAAUGGUUUUUUUGGUGUGUAGACAAACAGGCCUUUGUCAUUGUUAUGCUAUGUUAUGUAUGUAUCUGUUUGGUCAGAAUUUAUAAGGCAUAUUCUCU